AUGUCUGUCAAAGAAAUCCCCACUAAGCCAUAUGACGGCCAGAAGCCUGGCACGUCUGGUCUUCGCAAGCGCGUCAAGAUCUUCCAGCAGGAGCACUACACCGAAAACUUCGUCCAGGCGAUCUUCGACGCUGUUCCGCUUCAGGGUGCGACGCUCGUCAUCGGCGGUGACGGCCGCUACUACUCGCCCGAAGUCGUGCAGAAGAUCCUGCAGAUCGCGGCUGGCAACGGCGUCUCCAAGCUCUUCAUCGGCCACAACGGCAUCCUCUCAACACCCGCCGCAUCGAACGUGAUCCGCAAGUUCAAGGCGACCGGCGGUAUUCUGCUCACCGCGUCGCACAACCCCGGCGGCCCGGACGCCGACUUUGGUAUCAAGUACAACGUCGAGAACGGUGGACCCGCUCCCGAGAACGUGACGGAGAAGAUCUUUGAGAAGACCAAGACGAUCAAGUCGUACAAGGUCCUCGAGGCGCCUGCCGUCGAUCUCGGCAAGAUCGGCGAGACGACGUUCGGCCCGCUCAAGGUCGAGAUCAUCGACUCGACCAAGGACUACGUCGAGCUCCUCAAGGGCAUCUUCGACUUUGACCUUAUCCGCUCUUUCCUUACCUCGCACACCAGCGACUUCAAGGUUCUCUUCGAUGGCAUGCACGGUGUCACCGGCCCGUACGGCCGCGCCAUUAUCGUUAACGAGCUCGGGCUACCUGAAUCGUCCGUUAUGCACGACACCCCUCUGCCUGACUUCGGCGGAGGCCACCCGGACCCGAACUUGACGUACGCGCACGAUCUCGUCGACGCUGUCGAGAAGAACAACAUCGCGUUCGGCGCCGCCAGCGACGGUGACGGUGACCGCAACAUGAUCUAUGGCAAGGGCGCCUUCGUCACUCCCUCCGACUCGGUCGCGAUCAUUGCCGACUGGGCACACGUUAUUCCCUACUUCAAGGGUGGCAUCAAGGGCCUUGCCCGCUCGAUGCCUACUUCCAAGGCUAUCGAUGAGGUCGCUAAGGCAAAGGGUGUUGAGUUCUUCGAGGUUCCGACGGGCUGGAAGUUCUUCGGUAACCUCAUGGACGCUGGCCGCUUGUCGAUCUGCGGUGAGGAAUCCUUCGGCACUGGCUCGGACCACAUCCGUGAGAAGGAUGGUAUCUGGGCGAUUGUCGCAUGGCUCAACGUCCUUGCGGCGGCGAACAAGGACUCGAAGAAGCUCAUCGGCAUCAACGACCUUCUCUCGGCACACUACAAGAAGUACGGUCGCUCGUUCUUCUCUCGCUACGACUACGAGGAGGUCCCCUCUGAGGGCGCUGGCGAGAUGACGAAGCUUAUCGACGCGUUCAUUGCCGAUGAGGCCGGCUUCAAGGGCAAGACCUACACCGCCACCUCCGGCGCACAGUUCACCAUCGCCGGCGCGUACAACUUCGACUACACCGACCCUAUUGAUGGCUCGGUCAGCAAGAAACAGGGACAGGUCGUGACCUUCUCCGACGGUUCGCGUGUCGUCUGGCGUUUGUCGGGUACAGGCUCGCAUGGCGCGACCGUGCGGAUGUACGUCGAGCGCUACGUCGCGAAGGACGCAUCGGCGGCAGACCUCGAGCGCCCGACUGCUGAGGGUCUCAAGGACCUCAUCGACGUCGCGCUUGAGCUCAGCAACCUCAAGCAGCUUCUUGGCCGUGAGAAGCCCACUGUCAUCACGUAA